GAAACAUGUAGUCCUUAUUGUUUAAAUUUGUUUAUCUUUAAUUUGGUUAGGUUCAUCAUACAUGGCUGGGAAACGCAAAAGGAAAGGGGGAAAUGAACCCGUAAAGAAGGAUGUCACCCCCGAGCCGAACGAUAAUGCGGUUGCUUGGAGAAAUUUCUUCAAUGCGAACUACAAAGCCCUUCGAGCAGCUGAGAAGGGAUUAACUGAGAAAGAGGCUACCGACAAAUUGAAAGUGCAAUAUAAAGGUUUCACCGACGAGGAGAAGUCUGAGUGGAGAAGCUAUGACCCUAACCCUAAUCCCGCUAAGAAGGCAGUGCAAACAAGGGGGAGGAAACCAAAGGCAGCUGAUGCCAAGGGGAAGAAAGUGGAGGUGGAUGAGGAAGAGGGUGCUCCUGAAAGUUAAGAAGCAUCUGUGUACGGUCGAUGCUCCUUCAACCGUUUAAUCAGGAUUUGCAAGAACCUGAACCUGGAGCAGAAAGAUGUGAUCCAAAAUGCUGGAUUUGGAUCAUUCAUCAGAGAGGAUGCACCAUACGUUGACACCCGACUAGUGAGUUGGUUAAUCAAACAUGUUGACCCAACCACUAGCAUACUGGAUUUGUAUGGGAGGAAAAUUCACUUAUCUGCCGCGAUGUUCGGAGAUGUUAUGGGGGUGGACGACGGAGGGGAUCCUGUAGUCACCGAGGGUGAUAGUGACACUCGAUAUCUGGAGGAGAUAUUGAACGUUGUCGAGUACACCGUGUCCUUGACAAUGUUGGAGAAAUCUUUGUUGGAUUGCGUUGAGGCAGAC